AUGGCUCCUAGCCCUGAUCAGGACGAAGACAUCAUGCAGACACGAUCGAGGCUUCAACAGCUACGCCUCGAAAAAGAAAACGACACGCUCCGCAGAGAACUAGAGCAUUGGAAGUCAUCGUCCAGACUUGCGAUUGACAUCCAACCCAAGGACUCGGCAAAGGACGCGCAGUAUACUGACAUGACACAGCAAGCCUGA